AAAAUAGAAUCUUCCCGAAUUUUUGCAUCGACUGAGCCAUUCGAAAACAGUAGUAGUACCACACAAAAUCACUGAAAAUUCUCCAACAUGUCUGAUUCUUUACAAACAUCUCCGGCCAGCAGCAUAAGCUAUUUAUUACGCGCAAAACCCCCUUCCUGUUUCCCCAAUCCCAAGCUGAUUGGAGCGAAUUAUUGGUCCGCAAAUGUUGUUUCUAUUUUUUCUAUUAAAACCCAUUCUGGAGGAGAAAAAUUCGAAGCUUUAGCCAAGUAUGACGAAGAAGGGUCCGUUUAUAGCUUCCACGAUUCGCCGGCGUCGAUAGAUUUGCUGCCUAUUUCCACUGAAGAUCAGUUCGACCUGGUCGUCUCCCAUGAAGCAGUAAUCGUUCUAUGGAUGGCAAGUUGGUGCAGGAAAUGUAUAUUUUUGAAACCAAAAUUGGAGAAAUUAGCUGCCGAGUAUAACCCAAGUCUACGAUUUUACAGUGUUGACGUUAAUAAUGUUCCACACAAGCUUGUUGUUCGUGCUGAAGUCACUAAAAUGCCGACAAUCCAGCUGUGGAAGGAUGGGAAGAAGCAAGGUGAGGUGAUCGGUGGGCACAAAGCACAUUUGGUUGUUAAUGAAGUUAGGGAAAUGAUUGAAAGUGAAAGUAGUUCUUGGUAAUCUUUGAAGCAUUAUAACUCCAUAAAGCUCACAUUUCGCCGUUUCAGAACUCAAAAGCUUCAAAUCCUCCCUUCGGUGUCGUUUCCUUAUCCAUAAUUGUAAAGAACUGGGUAAUACGUUUCCCUAUUUAAGUUUCCCUAUUUAAUUAACAUUUUACUUGGGUCUCCAUUUUUAAUGCGAUUUUUUAAUGGAACUUAGGCUAUGUUUGACACAACUAGCUGAAAAGAUAUUUUUG